CCGACAUUAUGAAUUUGGUCCCGAUCUUCCCGAUCUGUUAUAUAAACCCGAUCUGACCUUGAUCCCCCCUCCUUAUCCCUCCUCGUCUCUCUCUAACCAUGUCCCAGAGCCAGAAGCGUGCAUUGUCCCCUGCUGCCAAUGCCAGACUGCCCAAGAAAUGCCGCUGUGAGGCAUCCUCUCCACCACCCGCAUCCUCCACACAGCCGAUAUCCACAUCAUCCACCCCACCCACCUCCACCCCACCUAUUUUUUCUACGUCAGACGCGUCUUCCACAUCCACAUCUUCUGUAGACACGCUGCCGGCAAACGCGUCUUUUCCCUCUAUUCCAGAAGUAAGGUGUUUAUUUUCAGCUCCUCUAUACUCAUUGGUUUGCGCAGAGCAUUACCACACUUGCCUCUUCAACAACGGUUCACGGGUCAAGAUUCAUUGUCGUUGGGGUCAUUCAGCAAAAACCCGUUGUCACACCCUACAGGGGGGGAGGGUUUUUUACUUGCAGAUACUACGGGGACUGCAUUGGUUGAGGUCGCUAAGACUGAUCGCAGCCUACUCCCAAAGGAUGCUGAGAUUGGGGAUGUGCUCUGCGUUGGUGCCUGCAAGCGGCACAAGAAUGGCGACCGUUUGAUUUCGUAUGCCGAUCGUAGUACAUAUCGCUAUUGGUCCAUCCGAUUGCAGCGCUGGAUGCACUUUGGGUUUUCGAAUCCUAGGGCAUUCAGGGCCAUGAAGAAUAAGGAU